GCAGUCGUUUACAUACCUUCCCACGCGGCGCCGGCGCUGCCAGCUGAAGGCGGUUGGGGCAGCGCGCGAUUAGGCUUCCCGCGCCAUGAAGGUGAAGAUCAAGUGCUGGAACGGCGUGGCCACUUGGCUCUGGGUGGCCAACGACGAGAACUGCGGCAUCUGCCGGAUGGCCUUCAAUGGCUGUUGCCCGGACUGCAAGGUGCCAGGUGACGACUGCCCGCUGGUGUGGGGCCAGUGCUCACACUGCUUCCACAUGCACUGCAUCCUCAAGUGGCUCAACGCACAGCAGGUGCAGCAGCACUGCCCCAUGUGCCGCCAGGAGUGGAAGUUCAAGGAGUGAGGCUGCACUGCCCUACUCCCCCCUUGCCCUGAGGCGGCCCCACCCCCACAUUGGCUCUGGUUGGCCAUGGUCUCCACUGGGACAGUCCCCUUUGGGCUGUGACAGGGUUGAAACGAGGACUGGAGCU